GCAAUAUCACCCAGAAGUGGUAGGCGGCGGUGACCCGUCCGUAUAUAUACCGAUAUAGCAUUGAUAGACCAACAUUGUCUAGUGCCUUCACCGACAAAUACACAAACAUGAAGUCAAUCGUAUUUUUAGGACUGUUAGCGGUAGCUUGCGCUGCUCCUCAAGCACCGGCAGAGCCCAUUCCGAUCUUACGCCAGGAGUCUCAGGUUAAUCCUGACGGUUCAUACCAGUAUUCGUAUGAGACUGGAAAUGGCAUCAACGCUGAAGAACAAGGAUCGCUGAAGAACGUUGGCGCCGAGGAACCCGCUCUUCAAGUACAAGGCCAGUUCCAGUAUCCUAGUGAAGAGGGUGGCAACAUCCAGCUGACGUAUGUGGCUAACGAGAACGGCUUCCAGCCCCAGGGCGCACACCUCCCGACCCCUCCUCCAAUCCCCGCUGCCAUCCAGCGCGCCCUUGACUACCUCGCCACUGCUCCCCCCCAACCCCAAGUGCUUGCUCUUUGCGUGGCAGCGACGAACGCGGCCGUGGCACGGCCGUGGCAGCAGGCGGGCCAGGUUGCGCAGGUGGCGGCUAAAGUGGCAGCCGCACCAGCCGUGGCUGCCGUCACUGCUGCCAAGGUUGUCGCCUCGGCUGCUGGCGACGUUGGUGCUACCAUCUUGAAGUCUGAGAGUGACGUCCAACCUGACCGAUUUGGUUAUACUUUUGAGACAGAUAACGGUAUAUCGGCAUCAGCUUCCGGCGCUUUGAAGACAGUAGACAAUAUUGACACCCUUGCCUUUACAGGUUCAUACCGAUACGUAGCUCCCGAUGGUACCAACGUUCAAUUCCAAUACGUCGCCGAUGAGAACGGAUACCAGCCAAUCAGUGAUCUCUUACCUACCCCCCCACCGGUGCCAGAAGCCAUCCAACGUGCCCUAGAGUACAUUGCUGCUCAUCCACCACCACCAGAAAGGUCAUAGAUGAGAAGAGCCUUUAGGAUAGUUUUAGAAUGAAGUGGACCUUGGCCAAAGAUUUUCCGGACUCGAUCUAGCAACAAGAAGUUAUAUGUAAUUUUUAUUGUUACAAACCAGCAUUAUUGUUUAACUGUAAAUAAAUGUUAGAGUUGAA